AUGGGCAAGACCACGACGGUAGUGGCUGCUGCUCCUGCCGGAGCAGCAGCACCGCUACCAAUGCCACUACCACCAUCAUCACCACCACCACCACCGCUACUACUACUACUGCUCUGGGAGCGUUUGGCGGUGGUGGGCCGGCUGUUCGUCGAGGUGCUGUCCUUGGAUUGCUGGAACAGGCUGCGCGUGGAAGGCUACGCCUACUGCGACCUACUCGAAAGCCCCGGCCAGAGGGAGCUGUCGCUGCUCACGUGGCGGCCUCUGUCCCGCAGCCUGGUGUCGCGCAUGCGCAGGUUCUUCACGGGCGGAGAUCCCCCGCUGGAAGACCUCUGCGCUGCCGGCGCACCGACCGCUGCGGCCUCGUCCGGACAAGACGGCGACGCAGAGCGGAGCAAGCGGCUCAGCAGGUACUCCCUGUGCACGGAAUCCAGCGGAACUGUGAAGGUGCUGCUGAAUGUCGUGCGCCAGACCACGUUCAAAGCCAGGGAGACGGAGAUAGCACGAAGAGUUCUGGGGUCGAUUGGACGGCAGGUGAGCCAGUCAAGCAUCACUGCCGCGCUGGCAUCCUUUCACCGGGCCAGGAGCAGGAUGCUGGCGGCACGUGCCAGGCACACAGCCCUGGCCCAGACCUGAGCAACAAGUGAAGGAUUGCUGCUCUGACGCAAGCAACAAUAAUGACUGCAAAUUGCAUUUCCAAGUAAAGAGCUCAUAACGUCAAGUUUUCACCUGCUCGUACAUGUACUAACAUUAUGGUGGAAACAUAGACGGUGGAAACACAGUAGCGCUGGUUGCAAUAGCUUGUGAUGCUUUGUUCAACGAAAACAUGUUAGACCUGUCUUACUGCACAAAGAAGUAUUGUCCUAAGCAACCGAAUUAAAGCAUAAUGCUGUUGUGUAACAUUUUGGCAUAAUGCGCUUUAUGGAAUUCAGAUUUGGCAAGUUUUUUGUGAUGAGUGUAGUCAUGCUGCAUUCUUUGUUGUUAUCAUUGUGCCAUUGUCUCUGUCCUGCUGUUAAUUGUUUUGCGCAUUCUGACUCCUGUCAAAAGUGUCUUAGCUGGAGUAGGCUACUGGUUUGGGUGAGUUCGUACCUGUGGACUAUGACGGUAGGUUUUGUGCAUAAACAGAAAUACAAAAAUGCGUGAGGAGACAGACACAAGCGCAAACUUCCAAUUGAAUUUUAUUGGUAGGCUGAGUGAAGUUUAUUUACCGGCACAAUAUGACCUACAGUCGCGUUCAGUACGAGCUGCAACACAUUGCCCGUGGUCGAAGGGGCUGUGUGGCAGCACCAACAUACACAAAAUUAGUGAAAGAAACACUAUUCCAGUUACUGAUAUUUAUUAAACCAUAUUUUUGUAUGUCGGCGUGGCCAUACAAUCUUGGAGCCCAUUCGACCGAUGGCACUGUGUUGCAGCCCAUACUGAACGCAACUGUACAUCUGGUUAGGUUACUGUGGAGUUACAAGAAACUGUAAUACAAACAAGUCAAGUGUAAGUGACGCCAACAUGUGUGGCAUGCGCUGAACAACCUAGAUGCACCCAACACGAUAAGCAGAGGAGAUCCAGUUGUGUAUAGCCGUGACCCCAUCAGCCCAUCGUGUCGGGUGUAUCUAGGUCGUUCAGUGCGUACUACACGUCAGCAUCACUUACACUCUACUUGUUUGUUUUAGUUCCUUAUUCUUGUCACUCCACAGCAACCAAACUGGGUGUCUGUCAUAUCAUGCCUGUACAUAAACUUCGCCCAGCCUGCCAGUUGGAAGCUUGCAUUUGUGUGUGUCUCUUCACAUGUUUUUGUCCCCUAGUUUGUGUACAAAGACACACUGUCAUGUCUUGACCUGUGUCUUCUUGUCUCACACGAGUCUUCUUGCUGAGAGAAAAAGGCAGUGGAACUGCAAUGGCUUUUGUGAUUACGUUGCUGCCAAUGUCUUUAUUUGAGCAGCUAAGCACAAUAAAAAUGAUUAUUGCAACAAUAGUUCAGUGCGGCCCGAGUGAACUCAGCAUCACAAGAUGGCACAACCAGCACUACUGACUACAUCCAAACGUUUGGAAUUCUGUAAAUGGUGUACUUAUAUGGACAGGCUCAAAGCUCUUAUGGCUCUUGCUAUGGUUUCAAUGGUGUUGCCUGUCUAACAUCAACCUUGCCGUUUCAAUGAGGAGUCAAAAAGUAGCUUCAUUGCUGGCUGUUGUGGUGCUCUUACAAAGAUGGUUGGGUAUGAUGUUGCAACGAGGAGAUACAGUGCUUUACAAAGGUUGUUCAUAAGGUUCACAGCAUUUCCAUGAAAGAGCAGAACUUGAGCAAUGAGACCUGUGUGGGAGUUCAACCUGAGUCUACACUCAUGUUAACCUGCUGCACUAUUUUUUUCAAAAGUUACCCGCCAAUCAGGAAGCACUAAAGCCCCUACUACCACAUAGAUUUGUGAUUCAUUAUUGAGCAGCGGUCUUCGUCGUACAGGCUUGUUGGACCACAUUGAAAUUGUUGUCACCAUUUCACAACAAUGUCGUAAGUUGGGGCAUUGUGACCGUACACUGUCAGCAGCUCAGCAUGAGUCUCCUUGGCAUUGUGGACAUUCAAAUGCUAAAAGUGGUUCACUGCUCGUGCAUCAACCAGCUCUCCUCUUGGACACUGCAAUUUUUUGUUUUGAUGUCCUACAGGUGUUCCACUGUACUACGUAAAACACAGUUUUCCUAUUCCACUAAAACUAGAGACAUGCACUCAUUUUGAUGACUAGUCUGUAUGCUGGUUCCAAGUUUACAGUACCGAAAAUAAAAAUUUUUUGAACACCCCUCAUAAGUUGGACAGAAGUGAGCUGUUGAACACUGGCAAACUGGAUCAAAACAGUUGUUUAUGGUAAGGCAUGUUUCCAGCAAGGUUCCAAAAUCUGAGAUCGAUAGAAGUGUAUCAUAUGAAGUUCAUGUUCGCGCUUGUGUAUAUGUGUAAGUUCAUCCCUCUUCAGUUUGCACUAAGCAUCGAGCAGGGUGCCGCAGUGUUUCCGACUCCUGAGUCUGCCUAAACUUCUGCAGCUCAGAAGCACUGUCCUCGAGAACCAAGACUCGGCUUUUUCUUGUAGUAGACAUGCUGGAUUUAUGGAUCACAUAGCACAUUUUGGCACUUUUUGGUGAACAUCAAUUGCACAGCGACAGCACCAAGCAUUUCGGCACUGUUGAUGAGGUAGAAGUGGAAUGGCUUAAAAUGUAGGAAAUGAAAUCGACAAACUGUCAAAUGUCAUUAAAGUCGCUUGAUGUACAUGUGAAAAGAAAACUUGUCGUUGAGUUCCUGAAAAGAUCUUGGACCAACAGCUGCGCAGCACUGUCAUAUACUUCUUUUUGAUCUUGAAGGUGUAUACACAAAAAGGUUUAUACUAUACAUGGUUUUUCACAUUGUUGUGCAUACGAGGGUACUGGCAUCAGCCACACGAUUGAAACGACAGCAUUCUUUUUGCACCGAAAUGUCUGUCGGCUUGUAAAACAGGAAAGCAUCUUGUAUGCAGCUUCCUCAUGCAUCCUCAUGAAAGCUGCAGACACAUCUGCACAAUGUUAGCAGGCUUCAGUAAAACAAGACCGCAACAGACAAAAUGACUUGGCCAAAUUAAGAAAAUUAAGUCUGCGGCCUUAAAUAGGAAUGUUGCAUGGAAGCAAAACAAUUUAGAUACAUCACCCAUUUCACCAAAUUGAGGCUUACCAAUUUAGGCUCGACUAUAUGAAAGUGCUCCAAAUGUACAGCAUUCCAAAACCAGUCAUUAAGCAAUUUCAGGUCUUGGGUUAGUCGAAAUGAAUAAAAUAGCACAAAAUUAAAUGAAGCUAGUUAAGUUGGAUUUGAUGGGGCAAGAGCGACUUGAGCUGUGCUGCAACAGCCACAGGGUGUUGAAAAAUCAACAGCAAAAGCUGCAUUGUUCUAAAGCUGAGCACAUCAGUCAGGGGCACAAGUGGAUCCUCUUCUGGAAUUAAAAUUGGGGGUCCAGCAGUAUGUGUAAAUAGUGCAACUCACGGAAGUAUUUUCGUCUUUGUGUUUCAAUAUGAGGACAAGCGAUGUAAAAUGUGUAUUACUGCUAACGAUUCCUAGACUUGAUUCAAACAUGUUUUUGUCCUGCUCAAGCAAAGCGCACUCCAGGUCGAAGCUGAAACAAUAACUUGCGAUCCACUACAUACGUACAUGCAGUAACACACCGAGAGCUCUCAUUCUUACGAAGAACAAGUUUAUAUCAUCCUUCAGCACACACUUGUUUCAAGCAACAGCGGAGAACAAACUGCAACAGAAAUCACAUUUCGCUUCAGUUCAGUGCACAAAGCAUGGUGCCCUUGUUGAUGUUCUGUAACUUUGGCAAAUAAAAUUACUAUACAAAGGCAGCCACCGGAAGAACUAAAGAAAAGUUGGCAAAGCGUACAUCUCUAGCAGUUGGUAGAAAUUUUUCUCUUCUGCAUCUCCGAAAUCUAGCUGCUGAAUGAUUGAUAAAUAUGAUGGCUGUAUGAAGAAAUACUGUGAAGGCAUACAUUAAAAGAUCCUUAAAUCAUACCUUAUCUAGCUUCAAUUAUGCAUGUAUGAACGCGGCUCACAAUUCUGACAGAAAUGAUUGGCCAUUGUCAACAGAUCAACAACAGAUGAAGCUUCUUUGGCAAGCAACAAAGUAAUGUACCAAUACAAUAACAAAGGCACUACGUGAAAAAAGAAACAACAACAAAAAAGAAAAACGGGCAUACACAUUUACAACAUGCAGUAAGCGAAUGGUGGUGCCUAUGCUGAGCACAUAUAAAAGACAAUGCAUUGUGCUAAGUGACAUGUCACAUGUAACCAGUGUUACAAAAACAAUCGCUGAAGGUUGGAACUACCAUCAGAAUGUCAACAUAUAAAAUGUACAAAUUCAUUCUGCACAUACUAUUCAUUUCACACAGUUCAUUUCUAUUCACGGUACAUAACCACUGCACAGUAAAAAAAAUGCCCACAAGGUUAGCAUCCUGCACGCUAAAUCCUUUCAAACCUUCACACUCCAACACUUACGAAGAAAAAUUUCAGUUUCACCAACAAUGCAUCACACAUGAGAAAUGCCUCAAAUCAAUGUGCAGUCGGUGACAAAGCUUUAUAGACAACAGGUGUGGCACAAAGCCACAGUACGACUCAAGAACCAUGAUGAUCACAUAUGAAACAUCACACCGCACUUUAAAAUUCUUGGCUCGUUGGCUACACUUGGAAGCAUUCCUUUCCGUUUUCUUUUUCUUCACAUUAAACCUGAGGUCCACAACAUUUUGCCCCUGACUACACAGCAGCAGCACCAAUAUGGCUCUACUGAUCUAUGCUGAUACCGCAUUCUUCAAUUGCAAAGUGGAAAAAUUGACGCCCUGGUAGACCUGUAAAUGGUUUCCACAAACAGAAGGGCUGAGAAGAAAAUAUGCGAGUCACUGUACUUGGUAAGGAGCUACAAGUGCUAGGCUGGGAUAAUGUAACGAUGUUAUUCCAGUUUUUCCCUAUUGCGUGCUCCAUCAGUUAUCCAAACGGCAUAUUGGCUAUCACCAGGGUCAGCUGGACACGAGUGGUAG